CAGAAGGUGUUAGAAGACAAGUGAAAAUUGUGUAAUUAUCAUGAUUAUACAUUUCAAAUUCAAUUAUCGCAAUAUACAACCCCACAGAAACAUAAUAUUCAAAUAAAUGUGAAGGCAAAAUAUGUAGUAUGGGCAAUGGACACAGUUUACCUGAUCCUGAAAGAGUCUUUAAAAAACUUCAUUCACAUAUUGGUAUUAUCAAAAGGAUUGCACAUCUCUCAUAUGAAGAUUUUCUCAAGUCAGUUUUAGAAUUAAAUGAAAUAACCUCUUCAUUUAGUGACCAGAGAGGGAAACAGUUAAAGUUUUCUGUACAAGAUGGUACAGAUACCUCAGUGUUCUGGAAGACUACAGUCAGGAUAUCCUGUAAAAAGGUUCAUGCAAUCAGAAAUCAUAUUCUAUCAACUCGACUCCUAACCUUAAAACAGUACAUAGAAAUAUACAAGGAAAUUACAGAACAAGUAUCAGCCUUGCCAACAGAUAGAAGUCGUGUAGAUAUAUGUGCUUCAGUCAUAUUUGAACAAUCAGGAAAUGACGCCGAGGAAGAGGAGGAAUGUUGCAUCUGUAUGGAAAGUAAACCAGAACUGAUACUUCCAUGUACACAUAGAUUCUGUGAACAAUGUAUAAAGGAAUGGAAUGUUACAAGUAAGACUUGUCCAAUCUGUAGAGAAAGAGUUAACAGUGUGGAAGAUACUUGGGUAUUAACAGAAAAACCAGAUACAACAGAAUAUGAAAAAGAUGUGAAAGGUUACCUGGUCAGUCUUGCAGACAGGAAAGAUUCCUGACGGAUACUGCUGAAUACUUAUUGUGAUAAACAGUAGAUUUUGUGUGUGUUAGAGAUGUUACAUUUGAAGGGUAAUAUUGUGUCUGAAUGUAUUUAAUCAAUUUACCAGUUACCAAAAGACUAUUGUUAUUCAAUUUAACUGAUUUAUUAAUGGUCUUCCAACUAGCAAAAGUUUGCUGACUGCACUUAUUUAGAAAUGAAAAGAUAUCAGACGCCAAGCUAUUUAUGAUGUACUAUGAUUAAAUCCAAAUAUAAGAAAUAAAAGAUAUGAUACAUUAGUUAGAGCCGUUGUAUAAUGAGAAACUUUUGAGUCAUUGUUGCUUUCAUUAAUUAUUUUCUUACAUUGACAGAUUGCUAAUUAUAUGCCCAUUUAUGGGAUGUAUUAUGGUAUACAGUUGUCUGCCCAUCGUCAACAUGUGGAACAUUAACUCCCUUUCUUUUUUUAUAAAUUUUAGAUUUUACAUUUCUGAGUUACAGGGUUUCAUUCAUGAAAAUGGGGGGAUUUUCCAGUUUUAGGACAAUAACUCAAAAAUGCUUUCAGCAAUUCUCAUGAACCUUUGGUGAAUUGUUUAUAUCUAUUGAUGUAAGCUCCCAUUGGAUUUUCAUAAAUUUCAAAUAUGACAUUUAGAAGUAAUUAAACCUCAUUCUUUGAAAAUGUGAAUGACGUAUUAUGUGGUCAUGGCACAGCUGUUUAUUUUUAUCUUCCUUUCCAAACACAUUUGAAUAAAAUUUUCAAUAAUUUAUAGCAAUAAUUUAGUUUUUGUAAAUGAAACUAGUUACUCAUACUCUAUAUACUCCAGAAUUUUGGUAUACAAAGUAAAUUACAAGGGCGGAGCCAGCCAUCUUAAAAAGGGGGAGGGGUCCAACCAUAUGUCCCCAUUUAAAUGCAUUGAUAGUCUAAAAAAAGGGCGGGGUUCCAGGGGCCGGAUCUGCCACUGAUUUUAUCUGUUAUAUUCCAUCGGUUUAAGCUUGUUUUAGUUAAAACAUUAAGCAUUAACAAAACAAUUAUGAAAUUGUAUAGAUAAAACCAUGAAAUGAGGCUUUUUGAUAUAUUACUGAGAUCAUAUGAUAGGUGAUUUAGCCUUUAUUUCUAAACACAAUCUUGUUCUAACUUGGCAUAUAUAAUUGCUUGAUUUCAGACUUAUGUCUAUUGUCAUAAAUUUUCCCCAAAAAAGAUUUUCUGAAAUUAACAGACUAAUUUAAACAAAGUAAUUUACCUAAAUGAUGACCAUACAUUUUUGGUUACUAUACCUCAGCUAUAGAUUUGGACAAUUAUUUGUUUUAAAAUUGUGUUUUAUGUGUUCACUUGAUGUAUGUUACUUACAGGAAUAUAGCUCAUUUUUUGCAUUGACUAUAAACAACGAUCCAUAUUCUUUUAUUAUAUACAAGUAUACUAAGAAGAAAUUCAAAUGUUUCUUAGAUUUUCAAAUAUUCUACAAAUUAAUUUACAGUUUGAAGAGUUUAAUGACAGUUAUUUCAUGUAGUUCAUUAAUACUAUCAGCCAUCUUGAUUUUGUCAUUACAAUAAUUAUUGAAGACCAUAUAUCGAUGUAUAAAAAUUAUGCAGAUAAAAAUAAGUGGUCAUAUUUGAGAGAACUAUUUUCUUAAGAAUAUUUUCUUAUGUUGUGCCAACAUCAACAUAAAAGUGCAGGAGGAGUUUUUAUCCUACUCACAGUGUGUGUUUAUUAUAGAGAAAGAUAUCAUGUUUUAUUUAUGCAGUUUUGUAUUGAAAGAUUUGUUUUUCAUACAGUACAACUGCUAUAAUUAUUAUACCCUCACAUGUUUUAAUACAAAUGUUUUCUAGUAUAAGGUUAGAACAUGAAUAUUUUAAUGUAAAUUAUAAUUACAUAUUUCAUGUAUAUUUAGGUCUUUCCACUUUUCUGUGGAAAGACCUAUUAUUUUUCUUCUGAUUAUUUAUUUAUUAGGUCUUUCCACUUUUCUGUGGAAAAACCUAUUGUUUUUCUUCUGAUUAUUUUUUUUUUCUUCCGCCAAAUUUUGUUCUUGCGAUAAAUAUUUGUUUCGCAAUAUGUCGCUUAGAUAUUUGGUAUAUGAUAUCAAACAGUUUAUGCGCUUUUGAAAUUUACCCUGCGUAACCGAAUACUUUUCUUUGUAGGAGUUAUCUCCCCAAACACUGUUUUCCUUGUGUCCACUACUCCUUCGCAACCGUAAAAGAUUACGACAAAUUUAUUUUAUAAAAUUGCUCGUAAUAUCCUUAGCAUGAUUUGUCCUAUUUUGACCGAAGCAAUAUGAACGCUCCAUAUGAGAGUUAUUUCCCCUUAUGCAUUUAAUAUAGGUGAUAUGCAUUUCUAUCUUGUAAACCUUAAGUGAUAGAGACCUAGGAUCUUUUGAUUUGAAGUCCUUGGUCCAAAAAAAUGUAAAUUAGGUCAAGGUCAAAGUUCAAGGUCAUAUUCUAAUUUUUGAAUUUGGCUUAUUUUCACUUAAUCCUCAAAAACCAUAUAAAAUGUCAAGAAAUUAUUUUUACUAAAUUGUUAGUUGCGACAUGUCGUAACACGUAAAUUUUGAUUUCAAGGGUACGUUGAACAGAAAAGGGAGUUUUCUCCCCUCAUGUAUUUAAAAAUACGGGUAUGUUGAUAUAACUCAUUAACCAAAUAUAAUUAAGACCUAUGGUCUUUUGAUUUGAGGUCCUUGGUUUCUGACCUUGAAAUUGAUCUCAAGGUCAUAGCUUAAUCUGAUGUUCUUGAUUUUGACCUUUGCUUUUACCUCAUAUGUAUACAUGAUAAAGGCAUGAGACUUUUGGCAAAAUGUAUCAAACCAUUUAACCUUGGAAAAAACAACCGGAAGUAGCAUUUUUUUGUUCUUUAUUGAUAUAAAAGUAUAUAGAACCAGAUAUUUUUGGAAUCAGUGUCAAGUAAAUAUUUAAAUAUUAUCGGAAGUAACAUUUUUCUAACCGGAAGUAACAAAUUUUCUCCUUUAUUUAAAAAAACAAUAAGCUAUCCUUUGACGAUUGAAAUGACAUUUUAAACUUAAUUUUACAAUUAACUUUCAUAUUAAAAUACAUUGUUUUUGGUGGAAAGACCUUCAAUUGUUCUCUGAACAAUUGGUUUUUAAUUUGAUUAGAAUUUCUUGUUGUUCAAAAAAGAAACUUCAUACUAUUUUUGAUACUGGCACAUGCAUAUAGUUUUAAAUCACAUGGCCAUAUAUACUUUAUCAAUAUCCUGGUGUCCAUUGCCUGUCUGUUACUCAUAAUUAACUUUUCCUUUUAAGGUUUUAAAAAUGGUUUGCAAAACUGCAUUUGAUGAACCAUUACCUAACCUGUAUUAUAAUAUCAACAACAAUGGUCUUACAUCUGGGAAGGGUUCGAAGAGUUUGAAAAGUCCAAUACCUUUUCUAGUCGUAUAAGAAAACUGUUCUUUGCCAUUUAGGCCAAUAACAUUUUGAACAGUACUUUCUUUGUUAAGCUUCACUUGAAAAUUUUCUUUUGAAAUAGUUUGAAAGUCAUUAGCAUUAUGUUUAAUAAAGAAAUAGUUAAGGUUUCCAUGGAAAUUUUUCUAAAGACUCUCUUUCUUUAUCUUGAAAAUAAACCUCUCUCCACGUUUAAUAAUCUGAUCUUGACAGGUACUUAUUGACUAGAUUUUCCAAAAUUUUAAAAAUAAGUUGAUUUCAUUUCUCCCUUGAAAAAGUGAAUUGCUUUGAAUUCGUUAAAGCAUGUAGCUUUCUUGAUUAAUUUCAAUUAAGACAUAGUUAUCUGACAUUCAGCAUUACAGAAAAUGUAUAAAUAUAAAUAAAAAAUAAAAAACACCUAGUGAGGGCAAUCCUCUUCACUUACUCACUUAGAUCUUUAAAUAUGUAAAAAUGUUCAGUGAAAUGAAUAUAACAAAAUGACAAAAACCUACCUGUGUGUACACAUAAAGUCAUAAACAGUUCUAUAUAAUUCUGAUUGUAAAAUGAAGUUUAAAAAUAAGUUGUUGAUUAUCCUGCAUGUAUUGUUUGAAGUUCACAGACUUGUGUAGUACUUUCACUUUUUUCUGUUUUUUUGUCGAAUAAAUUUGUCCCAAUCCUGCAAGAAUGUUCACAUUGAACAAAAUGUAUCAAAAAAAUUUACAUUACAUUUUAAAAUACACUCCUCACAAUUUUUGUUCAUAUUGAAUCAAUUUAAGAAUAGAGAAGGGAAUUGUAUAUUGAAAGAAAAAAAAAAUGUUGAUAAAAUGUUACAAUUAAUAUAAUAGGCAAAUCUAGAACAGAGUUUCAGAAAGUCAAAAUUUCUUUUCUUUAUUAAAAAAAUGUGGAUGUUAAGCGACUUAAUUAUUCUCAUAUCAAAACUGGUAUCAAAAAUAGGUUUCAAACUGUUUCAAAUAAGAUCCAUAGUGGGGUCAAUAUUUUUUUUCUCAUAAAUGCUAAUUAAUGUCAGGUUUAAUUCAUUUUUUCUGCAAAGAAAAAGAAAUCUAUUAUAUACCGUUCAGUUGUUUUGUGAUGCCAUAUUCAGUUUGAUUAGAUACAGAUUGGUGUCCAUAUAUAUAAGUAAGGACCUGACUGGGUUUCAUUGUCUAUUUUUGUUGUAACAAAGAUCUGUGGGUUGGGGCCCAUGGAUAACUACAUAGUAGCAGACUCUUUUCUAUGAGUUGUGCUUCUGAGUGUCUGUAUGCAAUAAGUGUACUUUUUGUUUUUAAACUUUAAACAUCUGCUAGUUAUCUUGAAGAUGUGUUUGUGAAGUUUUCAUUGACUUACUUUUUCUUUGUUAUUGAUCUAUUUUACAAUUAAAGUUUUUGUGACUACGUUAAUUCUAGUAUCAUGUACACAUAUCUGUGAUAAUACAUUUUGUAGUUAAUAAUUUGCUGUAACUGGCAUUCUUUUUGUUGUAUUUAUUUAAUUUGUGUCUCAUUUCAUGUAUAUGCAUUUUUCAUUGGAAUAUUAAAUAUAUU